AUGAACCAAAAGCAACGGCAAACUGCGCAAAUACAGCUUGCGAAAUUUGAUGCAAGCAGAAUAAAUAUUAGCCAUACCCUUGAUGAGAUUCGUGCUACCAAAGAACAGAUAGAUAGGGUACGCCAGGAGUUGAACAGUUUUCUUACACAGUUCGCCAGCGUCCCUGAUUCAUGUGAAGAGGAAGCAUUCUAUCAUGCUGCUGCUAAAAAGAUGUUCGAUCUUCGGGAGCUGUUGGAAAUUCAUUUAAAUCGUUACAAUAAUUUGCUACCUAUUAUUGAAUUGGCUCGCCAGGCAAAUGGGUUUGCAUCGCAGAAAUUUGAAAUCGUCACCCUUCAUACUGUCGUUAGUGGUAAAUCAUACAGUAAGGCAUUGCCUAAGAAACUACUAUCACAGAACAGCCGACCUAAAAUAACCGCAUCGGCAAAUUCCUUCAAGGCUCCAGGAAAUAAAAUAAUGAAGCAUGUCAAUAAUGGAGGGCAAAUGGGAACAAACCCCAAAAGCUUUACUGUGAAUGCAAGUUCGCCAACUCAGCCAAUAGUUCUUUAG